UCAUUGGUCAUUCUGCCAAGCCAACAGACCCAUCUUCCAAUGCGCAUUCGUGGGAGCAACUACAAAAGGAUACUGUGAAGUGAGUUCGUGCGAUUCUGCAGUCACUUGGCAUUUUCGUUCGGCAAAUCAGUUUCGACUGCGCUCAUCAAACGUCGUCGUUCUCCACUUCCUAACCUUCUUUUCGUUGUGACAUUUCCCCAAUCAACAACAAUGGCUUCUGCUUCCUUCGUCAACUCUUUCACCUGUUCUUCGCGUGCUCCCACUCUCCACCCUUUCACCACCGUCUCCACCGCCACGUCACUCAGGCCCGGCAACGGCCGCUCUUCGAGACCACUCGUCACCAGGAUCUCGUCGCCUUCCCCCGUUGUCUGCAAAGCUGUCUCCGUUAAGCCCCAAACUGAAAUUGAGGGUCUCAACAUUGCUGAAGAUGUUACGCAGCUCAUAGGGAAAACGCCAAUGGUUUACCUCAACAAUAUUGUGAAGGGUUCUGUGGCCAAUAUUGCUGCAAAGCUUGAGAUUAUGGAGCCGUGUUGUAGUGUCAAAGACAGGAUUGGUUUUAGCAUGAUAAAUGAUGCUGAGCAGAGAGGAGCUAUAACACCUGGGAAGAGUAUAUUGGUGGAACCUACCAGUGGGAACACUGGAAUUGGUCUCGCCUUUAUAGCAGCUUCAAGAGGAUAUAAACUCAUUUUGACAAUGCCUGCUUCAAUGAGUUUAGAAAGACGAGUUCUUUUGAAAGCAUUUGGUGCUGAGCUUGUUUUGACUGAUGCAGCAAAGGGCAUGAAUGGUGCAGUUCAAAAGGCUGAAGAAAUUUUGAAAAAUACCCCUGACGCAUACAUGCUUCAACAAUUUGAUAAUCCUUCAAAUCCUAAGGUUCAUUUUGAGACAACUGGUCCAGAGAUAUGGGAAGAUACAAGGGGAAAGAUAGAUAUUUUAGUUGCAGGAAUUGGAACUGGCGGAACUGUUUCUGGAGUUGGUCGAUUCUUAAAACAACAAAACCCAAAAAUACAGGUUAUUGGUGUAGAGCCUCUGGAAAGUAACAUACUUUCAGGAGGAAAGCCAGGACCUCACAAAAUUCAGGGUAUCGGAGCUGGUUUUGUGCCCGGGAAUUUGGAUCAAGAUGUGCUUGAUGAAGUUAUAGCGAUAUCAAGUGAUGAAUCAAUUGAAACUGCAAAACAAUUAGCACUCCAGGAAGGCUUGCUGGUGGGAAUUUCUUCUGGAGCUGCUGCCGCAGCUGCAUUGAAGGUUGGAAAGAGACCUGAAAAUGCAGGAAAACUUAUUGGGGUUGUCUUCCCAAGCUUUGGUGAAAGAUAUUUGUCUACUCUUCUUUUCCAGUCAAUUCGGGAAGAAUGUGAGAAAAUGCAACCUGAGCCAUGAAUCGACCUUGCCUGUUAAUGUUUCUUUCACAUUUGCCUCGAGUAUCUGUAUUACAUGCCAUACUAUGUCCAUGUUUCUCAUUUUUUACCUUAAGAAAUUAUAUAAAUUUAUACAGGUCAUUGAUUUCACUUGCAGCACAUAUUAAUGACCCUUGAUUGAAUAAGAGUUUAUUCUCUUCUCUCUUUGGGAUAAAACUUUCAGAUGUAGUAGGAAUUACUUGUUUUGCUCUUUCUCAUGUAUGACAGCUCGCUUAUAUAAAAUAAUUGGGGAAAUUAGCUAUC